AUUAUUUGGGUCUAAAAACUGAUCAUUUUACUUUUUUAGUGAUUUUCCUAUUAUCGUUCUUUUUAGUUAUUUUAAUGGACCUGUUAGAACUAAUUAUUUUCUUAUUAUUACAGGUGUCACUAUUAUUGUCACCAAUGUCACUAUUAUCGUCGCUAAUGUCAAUAUUACUAUCACUACCACUAUCACUAUCACUACCGCCACCACUAUCACCAUUAUUUUCGUCACUAUCAUUAUUGUCGAUCUCGGUAUCGGUAUUGGUGUCGGUGUCGGUAUCGGUAUUCUCAUCGUAUUCGUUCUCAUCAAUAUAACUAUCAUUAUCAUCGUCAUCAAGACUAUUCAUAAUCGAACUGUUAUCUUCAUAUAACUUUUGAAUUUUUUUAAGAACUUUGACAGACAUUUUUGACCUUUCUUUGUUUAUAUCGCCAUCGACAAUAUUCCAUUUGUCCCAAAUAUUUAUUAUCAUACAUCUUACUUUUGGAAAGUGGUUUUCUUUUAGAUCACAUAGUUUUAUUGUCUCGGUAGUUAGUUGGUAAAACAUCACAAUGAUAAAAUUUUUUGUCAUUUUUUUAUCAAGAAUGUUCUUAUGUCCUAUUAGUUCGUCACUGAAAUAAACUUUAAGAUGGUUUUCGACACUUUUUAUUGUUUUAAUAUAUUCGUUCAUAUUGUCGAGUUCUUGUAAAAACUUUUUCUUUUCUUUUUUUCCACUUAGAGCUUUGAUUUCCCUGUUUCUUUUCAUAAACAUAAUAUUUAAUAAGAGGUCAACAAUGCGAAAUCUUGUUUUUUUUGUGUAGUCGUGGUUUCGACAAAAUUCUUUAAACAAUGACGCAACAUCAGGGUUUUUAAAAAGCGAAAAAGUUUGUUCACCGGUGGUAGCAGACAUAGAAUUUUGUAUUCGGUUAAAAAUAUCACAUUGUGUAUUAUAAUCCAAAUUAUUGUAACUUACAACAAUGAGCGACUUGUUUAGAAAUUCUUCUUGUUGUUUAUUGUUGAGCAAGCUGUAGUUAUAUUUGUCUUUUUUUUCGUCUGGGAUAAUGCUGUAAUAGAUGUAUUGAUCCUCAUUAUCAUUGUCAUUAUCUGUGGAUUUAAUCCAAGGAAUCAAAUUCUUACAAAAAUUCAAAAUCGAAGUGAUCCUUUGUUUCCCAUCAAUACAUGUCCAUUUUUCAGUACCAGUAUCAGUAUCAAUGUCAGUGUUUAUGUUUACAGUUAUAUUGCUAGGGACAUAACCCCGCAUUAGGGAAUCAAUAAAUGCACUCAUUUUUUGCUCACUCCAUACAAUGUCCCGUUGAUAUAUAGGUGUUAAAUCAAUUUUUUUUUGUUUUUUUAUUUUAUCAAUGAGUUUUGAAAUACUUAUUAAUUCGGUGGUCGAUUUAAUGGGAAUCAUUGUAUUUCUAAUUAAAACAUUUUACUUAAAUAUAUUUGGUUUAUUAAUGUCAAUUUUUACAGAAAAACAAGACACUCAUCCGUAAAAAAUGACAGCCUGUGCUAUUUAUAUUUAUAUCAAUAACAACAGGGAUAUUACGCCUUGUAAACAAAUACCAAAAACGGAGUAAACGGUAAAUAAACAACACAAUUAAACCAAUUUUUUUAAUAUAAUGACUAUAAAUUGGCAAAAAACCGAUGCAACUUAUCGUGCCCACAUUUUCCUGAUUUUCCAAUCCCAAAUAUAUUUAUGUCGACCAUUAUUAAAAAAUAGGUCAAUACAAAUUGCCAAAAAACAUAAAAAAACGGAUGCAAAUAAUAAAUCAUGCGCACUUUUUCUUAAUCUUCAACCCCACCCCAAUUAAUAAAUUAAAUUAAAAAUGUUUCCUCAUAAAUAACAUGUUGAAAUGAUAAAAACAAAAGUCGUUUUAUUUUAGAUAAAUUAAAUAUAAAAGAACACACUGACAAUAUAACUUAUGUCGUCUUGAUUUCACUUUAUUAAAAAAUCGAACACAAAUAUAUUAAUAUUAAGAAAAGAAUAAGAAUAAAAACGUAAUGUUAUAUUAUGGAAAAUAUGUAAACAUAAUAAAAUAGAACAUCGACAAAACCGGUUGUUAUUGAAACACACAGACAAUCAAACCAAUGAAAUAUGCGAAUCAGCAGUUCUGCAAAAUGGCAAAGCGUUAAAAUAUGCGAAUUGACUGUUAAGGAAAAUUAUUGCGCGUUGUGAUAUGUAAGGGAACAGACUGAAGAAAUAUGUGAAUUUGUGGUUAAACAAAACAGUUUGGCACUGCGAUAUGUAAAAAAACAAACAGAUAAUAUAUGUGAAUUAGCAGUUCGACAAAACGGUUUGGCAUUACAACAUGUAAAAGAUAAAACUAAAGAGAUAUGUGAAUUGGUAGUCAAACAAAAUCCGCAAACCCUAUCCUAUAUUUGGUUCCUAAAUCUAUCAUGUUAACGUUAACUAAUUUAUUUUUAUUUUAUUUUUCAAUAUUUAUCUAUUAUGACCUGUUUGUCGAGACUUUGUUACCUUUUAUUUUAAUUAAAAUACUAAUAAAAUCGCAAAAACUGUUAUAACGAACAUAUUUUAAUAUAACUAAUACCAUUGCGUUUUAUAAAAAAAGAAAAGAAAAGAAAAUACAGUACAAAUGACAAUGUGUUUUUACCUAAUUCAGUAAGAAAAUUUAACAUUCCCAAUAAAUCAUUUUCUGCUUUAGCCUCAGUUGUCAGAUUUUUUUGAAGUUUAUUGCCGACAUAAAUACAUUCAACUUCUAGCGCAUCGACGAUUUUGUUAACACAUUUUGAUUCAUUUAAUAAACACAAAAUUGAGCACGUGAACACAACUAGCAGUAUAACUGCCGUAUUUUUUUCUAAAUGCCUCGACAUUAAUAUUGGAAUUUCUUGCGAUAUGAUAUCAUCCCAAUGUUUGCAAACAAGAUCUAACCCGGGUUUUAGAUUUUGGUCCAUUUUUAUUAAACAAAAUAUUUUUGGUUUUUUUACACAGAAUAUACAAAGAAUUGCCUAUUCACUUUUUGCAUUUUUCAUUAUUUGUGGUAAAUAUUGAAAAUACGAUUAUUUUACAUAACCUAUUAAAAUGACAUAACCAAAUAUUAAGUUAAGGUAAGGUAAGGUAGGAUGAGUAAAUAUAAAUCUAAAAAGUACAAUCGUGAAUUUAAAAAGUACGGUUAUGAAUUUGAAAAGCAUGAUUAUGAAUUUGAAAAGUACGCUUGCACAAUAGAGUCUUUGAGGGAAACCUUGAAAAAAUAUGGCGUUGCUAUUAUUCCAAGAGUAUUAGAUGAAAAUGAAUGUUGUGCGAUGGUUAGUGGUUUUUGGGAUUUUUUUGAACAUAUUACACAAAAUUGGGAAAUCCCAAUAAAAAGAAAUGACGAAAAAUCCUGGAACGAAUUUUAUAAAUUAUAUCCAUUGUACUCAAUGUUAAUACAACAUUGGGGAGUAGGACAUUCACAAGUAUGUUGGGAUGUAAGGCAAAACAUAAAAAUUGCAAAAAUAUUUGCGCAUUUUUGGGGGUGUGAUGUUAAUGAUCUAUUGGUUUCAUUCGAUGGGCUAAGUUUUAAUUUGCCACCGGAAACAACAAAAAGGGGUUGGAACAAAGGCAACACAUGGUAUCAUACAGACCAAUCAUUUAUGAGUGCCGGUUUUAAAUGUAUACAAAGUUUUAUUACUGGAUUAGACGUCAGAGACGGUGACGCAACAUUAUCGGUUAUGGAAGGAAGCCAUAAAUUUCAUACUGAAAUUAAAGAAAUGUAUAACAUUACAAAUGAAUUUGAUUGGAAUAAGCUGACAAAAGAACAAGAGAAGUUUUAUCUUGUUGAUAAAAAAUGUCGUAUAAAAAAUAUCAAAUGUCCAGAAGGCUCAUUAGUGAUAUGGGAUAGUAGAACUAUCCAUUGCGGAAUCGGGGCAGACGAAAACCGGGAAGAAUCAAAUAUUAGGGCAAUCGCAUAUGUAUGUAUGAUGCCUCGCGAUUUCUGUGAUCAAUCGAAUUUAGAAAAAAAGCAAAAAGCAUUUAACGAAAAACGCACAACACGUCAUAAUCCGUGUAAAAUAGAUUUAUUUCCAAAAACCCCCCGAACGUAUGACGGAAUUCUUCCAACAAUAACUCCGAUAAAAAGUCCGAUAUUAAAUGAGUUAGGUAAAAGACUUUCCGGGUUUUGA